UUUCUUAAGUGCCACCACCAUCGCCCGACUAUAUACAGAAAGCAGCGAAAAAACCAAAUAAAUAUUUUGUGAAUUAAAGCGAGGACUCGAUUAAUAAGUUUCGGCAUUGAAGAAGUUCGCAAGUCAGAGCAGCCGACGACGUUGAUGCCCGCAGCGCAACUCCAGCGAAAAUCCCAAUCGCAGCGCGUCCACGAGAAAGCAAACGGAAUUUGCUCAGUGGAAGGGGAAGCCACGGCAGACAGAAGGCCCACACGGACACAAAAUGGCCACCAGCGAGAUAUCCAGCUCCAACGAGCGCCACUACUAUGCCAAGUUAGAGGCCAUCAAGGACAUUAGGGACAAGACGCUGUCCCUCGAGAAGCUUAAGGUGCGCAUCAUCAAGGAGGUGAAGCUGAGCGACGACGAGGAGAAGUGUCUGGAGGAGUACCGCAAGGAAAUGGAGCACCUGCUUGAAGAGAAGAUGUCCCACGUGGAGGAGCUGCGCCAGAUCCACGCGGACAUCAACGACAUGGAGAACAUCAUCAAGCAGACAAAGGAGAACCAGACGCGCUCCUUCGACAUGGCUAAUCGCGUCUACGAGGAAUACUUGGCUCUGAAGUACCAGAUCGAUCACAUGCGGCGAGACUACCUUGGCCUCAGUCCGCUGCGCGACCUGCACGAGGAGGAGGGCAGCCCCAUAUCGAAGGAUCGUUUCCAGACAAACUUCCUCAAGGUGGCCGCACAGUCGGCGGCGGCCGCCGCAGCCGCAGCAGCCGCCUCGGUCGCACAACCCACGUCCCUGGCUCGACCACACGCUCGUCAUCCCCUGAUGCCCGAGGCUACGGUCACCGCCAUGCCCCCCAGUGCAUCUGCAUCUCCGAAAAUGGGAACCAAGCAGACUGUGUCGCCGAAGCAGGUGGCUGGUGGCAAUGCCAAGGCCAGGGCAAAGCCAAAAUCUGACACUCCACCGCCCUCGCCCGCUGAGGAAUCGCUGAUCAAGAGCAAGGCAAAUGGACGCGAGUCGAAGAGCCGCGAAUCGCCAGCGGAGGCCAACACCCUGCCACCCCAAAAGUCGUUGGUUGUCGCGUACAUUCUGUGGCUGUUUGGAGGCAUUUUCGGCCUGCAUCAUCUGUACCUGCACCGCGAUCGCCACGCCUUCAUUUGGAGCUGCACGCUGGGCGGCUACAUGGGCAUUGGCUGGAUAGGUGAGCUCUUCCUGAUACCCGAGUAUGUGCGGGAUGCCAACGAAGAUCCGCGAUUCGUAAAGGCGUUCGUGGCCAAGCUGCAGGCCUUUCAGCGCCCGCCGUACUCCUCCAAGCGCUUCGUGGGGCAGGUGAUGAUUGGCCACCUGUUUGGACAGCUCUUCGCUAUGGCCAUACCGCAGACAGUGGUGGCUGGGCUCGACCUGUCCUUCCUGCACUGGGCCAUUCCCCUCUUCGUGUCCCUGGGCAUCUGGCUGGUGGGAAACAUUGGCCGCGAGCAGGGCGUGUGGUGGCACUGCCUACUGGCCGCCUAUUUGGCCUAUCCAGCGAGGUUCCUCAUCUACGACGAGACCUACUCCCUGCUGCUGACGGGCCUGGUGUCCGCUCUCACCUUUGACGGCAUCUCGAAGCAGUGGCGCAGAACGCCGCCACGUCGUGGACGACCCGUGGAGCGAUCCCUGAAGCUGACGGGAGCCAUUCUGAUCUACUGCACCUUCUGGGGCAGCUUCGUCUACUUCAACGGCACCAUUUCGGACGAGGAUGGCGGCGAGGUGCCCAUACACGAGGCCCUUCACAACUUCCUUGCCUCCGCCUGGUGGACGGAUCUCAAGCAGGCCCUGCACGACACCUACAACUACGCGCAGCAUCACGGCUGGUACGAGACCUGGAAGGAGGUAUUCGAGAGCAUGGACGUGGACGGCGAGCGCAACUCCUACAAAGUGCUGGGCGUCAGUGCCACCGCGUCGCAGGCCGAAAUCACGGCCGCCUAUCGCAAGCUGUCCAAGGAGUACCAUCCAGACAAGGUCAAAGACGAGGCACUGCGCGCCGAGGCCCACCAGCGCUUCAUCGAGGUCCAGCAGGCCUACAGCGUGCUCAGCAAGAUCAAGUCGAACCGCCGCCGUAAGAACAAGCAGUUCCAGGACGACGAUGCAAUUGUUCUCUAGGACAGUCCACAAUUUAAGUUAGUGCCUCCCCCUCCCUUAAAUAUACAUUUCCAUCGAAUUGUGUGGCAAGCGAGCAAGCGCUUACGUGGACACCGAUAAGGCGACGGUUCUGCCGGCUCAAAGCGUGACACAGUCACAGCUACCCCCGCCCUCCCCCCGCGCUCAAAUUGCUAAAUCACGACAACAAUGAGAGGUUUUAUUCUCCACAAUUAGUUUUCAUAUUCAUUUAUUUAUUUUAUAUAUUUUACAUAAUAUAAUGAACUACUUAACAAUCUAGGCAAAAAAAAAAGAAAAAAUAUUUCGUGUAAUUUAAUUAAAUUUUUUUUUUUCGUUUCAAUUUGUUGUAAACAAUGUUCUUGUGUGUGUGUGUGUAUAUUUUUUUUUUUGCACUAAUAUAUAGUGGGAAACGCGUUUCAAUAAACGGAAAAAUAUAUUUAUGUAUUUAUG